AACCAAGGACUGCACCAGCAACAAUGCCACCAGCCCUCACAACACCAGCGCCCACAACACCAGCCCCCACAACACCAGCCGCCAAAACACCAGCCGCCACAACACCAGCCACGACAACACCAGCCCCCACAACACCAGCCCCCACAACACCAACCACAACAACACCAGCCACAACAACACCAGCGACAACUACAGCAGCCUCCACAACACCAACAACACUAGCCCCCACAACACAAGCCACAACAACACCAGCCACAACAACACCAGCCACAACUACACCAGCCCCCACAACACCAACAACACUAGCCCCCACAACACAAGCCACAACAACACCAGCCCCCACGACCCCAGCCCCCACAACAGCCGCAGCAACGACACCAACUACUAAUCCCACCAGCCAAGCGCAGAUCCCAGCUACCAUCCCAGAAGACACGCAUGGAGAAUUUAUAAUGAAGUCAAGUCCCAGUGGCAGUGCCGUGUUCAUCAGCAACACAGGUUGGAAUUUCUACGCACCUCCCCUGAACUAUGACUUUACAAAAUGCACUGUCAGCAUCCCAAGCAGGAAUCUCUCACAUACCUUCAAAAGCAAUGGAUUUGAAUUGGUUGAGGAUUCUACUCAGCCUCAGUCCUAUUUUAAAUACCGGAUCAGUAUCAACUACAUUGACGCAAAUGCCACGCACUCCUGGUUUCUACUCGAUGGACGUAUGAAAGACGAGGAUUGUUUGCUGAAAUGUAAAGAGGGUAGCAUGCUGCAUGGCAAUCCAUUCAAUGUCAUUAAAGGCAUUAGCUACACGACCGCUGCAAUCAGUACAACUCUAUGGAAGACUCCAUCCGAUGAAUAUUUUCCAGUGCCUCAGAAAAGCGACGCUCCAGAUACAUGCACAUACAGUAACAGUGUUUGUUUCACGAGCACUUGUAAAGCAACUCGUCCUAAUGGGCCCUGCUCUUGUCAAGGUUCUGGGACACCCGGCGCCUCGACAACUGGUUGCACGCCUGGACAACCAAGGACUGCACCAGCAACAAUGCCACCAGCCCUCACAACACCAGCGCCCACAACACCAGCCCCCACAACACCAGCCGCCAAAACACCAGCCGCCACAACACCAGCCACGACAACACCAGCCCCCACAACACCAGCCCCCACAACACCAACCACAACAACACCAGCCACAACAACACCAGCGACAACUACAGCAGCCUCCACAACACCAACAACACUAGCCCCCACAACACAAGCCACAACAACACCAGCCACAACAACACCAGCCACAACUACACCAGCCCCCACAACACCAACAACACUAGCCCCCACAACACAAGCCACAACAACACCAGCCCCCACGACCCCAGCCCCCACAACAGCCGCAGCAACGACACCAACUACUAAUCCCACCAGCCAAGCGCAGAUCCCAGCUACCAUCCCAGAAGACACGCAUGGAGAAUUUAUAAUGAAGUCAAGUCCCAGUGGCAGUGCCGUGUUCAUCAGCAACACAGGUUGGAAUUUCUACGCACCUCCCCUGAACUAUGACUUUACAAAAUGCACUGUCAGCAUCCCAAGCAGGAAUCUCUCACAUACCUUCAAAAGCAAUGGAUUUGAAUUGGUUGAGGAUUCUACUCAGCCUCAGUCCUAUUUUAAAUACCGGAUCAGUAUCAACUACAUUGACGCAAAUGCCACGCACUCCUGGUUUCUACUCGAUGGACGUAUGAAAGACGAGGAUUGUUUGCUGAAAUGUAAAGAGGGUAGCAUGCUGCAUGGCAAUCCAUUCAAUGUCAUUAAAGGCAUUAGCUACACGACCGCUGCAAUCAGUACAACUCUAUGGAAGACUCCAUCCGAUGAAUAUUUUCCAGUGCCUCAGAAAAGCGACGCUCCAGAUACAUGCACAUACAGUAACGGUGUUUGUUCCAAGGGCAAACCCUGUCAAGCAACUCGUGCUAAUGGGCCCUGCUCUUGUCAACCUUCUGGGACACCCGGCGCCCCGGCAACUGGUUGCACGCCUGGACAACCAAGGACUGCACCAGCAACAAUGCCACCAGCCCUCACAACACCAGCGCCCACAACACCAGCCCCCACAACACCAGCCGCCAAAACACCCACAACACCAGCCACGACAACAACAGCCCCCACAACACCAGCGGCCACAACACCCACAACACCAGCCCCCACAACACCAGCAACAACAACACCCACAACACCAGCCCCCACAACACCAGUCCCCACAACACCCACAACACCAGCCCCCACAACACCAGCAACAACAACACCAGCCCCAACAACACCAGCCCCCACAACACCAACCACAACAACACAAGCCCCCACAACACCAACCACAACAACACCAGCACCCACAACACCAGCCACGACAACACCAGCCCCCACAACACCAGCCCCCACAACACUCACAACACCAGCCCCCACAACACCAGUCCCCACAACACCCACAACACCAGCAACAACAACACCAGCAACAACAACACCAGCCCCCACAACACCAGCCCCCACAACACCAACCACACCAACACAAGCCCCCACAACACCAACCACAACAACACCAGCACCCACAACACCAGCCACGACAACACCAGCCCCCACAACACCAGCCCCCACAACACUCACAACACCAGCCCCCACAACACCAGUCCCCACAACACCCACAACACCAGCAACAACAACACCAGCAACAACAACACCAGCCCCAACAACACCAGCCCCCACAACACCAAUGACAACAACACAAGCCCCCACAACACCAACCACAACAACACAAGCCCCCACAAUACCAACCACAACAACACCAGCAACAACAACACCAGCCCCCACAACAACACCAGCACCCACAACACCAGCCCCCACAACGCCAGCCCCAACAACACCAACCACAACAACACCAGCCCCAACAACACCAACCACAACAACACCAGUCCCCACAACACCCACAACACCAGCAACAACAACACCAGCAACAACAACACCAGCCCCAACAACACCAGCCCCCACAACACCAACGACAACAACACAAGCCCCCACAACACCAACCACAACAACACAAGCCCCCACAAUACCAACCACAACAACACCAGCAACAACAACACCAGCCCCCACAACAACACCAGCACCCACAACACCAGCCCCCACAACGCCAGCCCCAACAACACCAACCACAACAACACCAGCCCCAACAACACCAACCACAACAACACCAGCCCCCACAACACCAGCCCCAACAACACCAGCCCCAACAACACCAGCACCCACAACGCCAACGCCCACAACACCAACCACAACAACACCAGCCCCCACAACACCAGCCACGACAACACCAGCCCCCACAACACCUGCCCCAACAACACCAGCCCCCAAAACACCAACCACAACAGCACCAGCACCCACAUCACCAACCCCCACAACACCAGCCCCCGCAACACCAACCACAACAGCACCAGCCCCCACAACACCAGCUCCCACAACACCAACCACAACAACACCAGCCCCAACAACACCAGCCCCAACAACACCAGCACCCACAACACCAACCCCCACAACACCAACCACAACAACACCAGCCCCCACAACACCAGCCCCAACAACGCCAGCUCCCACAACACCAACCACAACAACACCAGCCCCAACAACACCAGCCCCCAAAACACCAACCACAACAGCACCAGCCCCAACAACACCAGCUCCCACAACACCAACCACAACAACACCAGCCCCCACAAGACCAGCCCCAACAACACCAGCCCCAACAACACCAGCCCCAACAACCCCAGCACCCACAACACCAACCGCAACAACACCAGCCCCCAGAAGACCAGCCCCAACAACACUAGCCCCAACAACACCAGCACCCACAACACCAACCCCCACAACACCAGCCCCCACAACACCAGCCCCCACAACACCAGCCCCCACAAAACUAACCACAACAACACCAGCCCCCACAACACCAGCCACAACAACACCAGCCUCAACAACAACAACCAGAACAACACCAGCCCCCACAACACCAGCCCCCACAACACCAGCCCCAACAACACCAGCCCCCACAACAUCAGCCACAACAACACCAGCCCCAACAACACCAGCACCAACAACACCAGCCCCCACAACACCAGCCACAACAACACCAGCCACAGCAACACCAGCCCCCACAACACCAGCCCCCACAACACCAGCCACAACAAGCCUCCCUACAAACUUGCCUGGACCUGCUGAGAAAAACCAAAGCCAGCAGGGGAUACCUCAGAACAAUACCACAACAGGCCAAUCUCCAGCACGGACUCCUACCUACACCGCUUCAUACGCAACAACACAGCAACAGGCUGGAGACAGCACAUCUCAUGUUGCAACUCCUGUGAGGACUAGUGUAUCUACAGAUAGUCCAAUGAAUCAAUCAUACACCAAAGCUACUAUUGUGCUGUCCAAACAAAUGCCAGGAGCAACCACUCCAUCUGCUCCAAAGUCACCUGCUACAGAAUCCGCCCCAACCAGCAGCAACAACAGCAGCAGCCACAGCCACAGCAGCAGCAACAACAGCCACAGCCACAGCCACAGCAGCAGCAACAACAGCCACAGCCACAGCAGCAGCAACAACAGCCACAGCCACAGCAGCAACAGCAACACGGGCCGCGGUAGCAACACAGCUCCAUCAUUUGACAGGCAUUCUUCCACUCAAGGUGCAAACAAGCCUGGCACAUCCAAAUCAGCUUCAAUUGCUAGCAGCAGUAAUUUUGUGAUUGUUCACACGACAGUGAACAGUGGCUUGCCGGGCAAGUCAACCGUCCAACCACAAAGAUCCUUUAACCACAGCAUGGAUGGCCACAACAACAUAGAUGAAAUCCAUAGUAGCAAUCCAGGCCGUGAAAAUUCUGCCAAGGGACUUGCUCUUAUUGUGGCUCCGUUGGCUGUGGUUUGUGUGAUAGGAAUUGCUGCCGCUGGCAUUAUCGUUCAUCACAGGCGUAAGAAUUCUGCUAGUGGGUCCUCACUGGCUCCAGGCUUCAAUAAGCAAUGUGCACCCGGAAACUGGCUGGAGUCUGGAGAUAAGGUGGGCUUGGUUCAUGACAAGCCAGCUUCGUCCAAGCCCAAGAAGUCGUUUCGUUUCUCGGAAGAAGAUUUCAAUUUCGAAGUGCCAGAAGAGCCGAGUUCGUUCAUGGAGAAAGGGACUGGUCUUUCAAAGCCUGAUGAUCCGGUGUCAUUGGAGCAUGAGAACUGGCGUGCCAAGAGAAUGGAGGACAACGUGAGCCUGUGGAGCGCUGAUGGUAAGGAUGCUGUCCGCUCAACCCGCAGUGCAGACCUUUUGAGAUAUGCAUCAGAUCACGUUAAUGCCAAGUAUUCCAGUGUGACUAGCCAGCCGAGGGAUGCGACCAGCAUGACUGCUCAUACUAGCGGCGAUGCUGAUCAAGAAGGUACCUUUGUGACUACGACGCAGCAACAACAGCAGCAGCAGCUGCACAUGCAGCAAGACAUGCAGGGUACACCCCGGUCGGCUUGCAUUUUGGACGACUCGAAUCCCUACUGCGCCGUCUCACAUGCGCAAACAUCUGAGCACACGACGGAGUUGGAAUCGCUGGGUCAGUCACCGUACGAGGCUGUUGAUGUCCAACUCAUCCGAACGCAGCAGCAGCAGCAGCAGCAAUUUAACCAAUACAAUACUAGCAGCUUUCAGCAGCAGCCGCAGCAGCAAGCACGAACGCCGUAUGCCACACUUGAGGAACAACAGCAGGAGCAUCAAUCACAGGAUUAUGAAACCGCGACACAACAGCCGCAACAAUAUGCAACGGUGAAUCAACAUCAACAACAACAACAACAACAACAACAACAACAACAACAACAACAACAACAAAAACAACAAAAACGACAACAACAACAACAACAACAACAACAGCAGGAGCAUCAAUCACAGGAUUAUGAAGCCACGACACAACAGCCGCAACAAUAUGCAACGGUGAAUCAACAUCAACAACAACAACAACAACAACAACAACAACAACAACAACAACAACAACAACAACAACAGCAGCAGCAGCAGCAGCAAUACUCCGCAGUGAACCACCAACAACAACAAGAGCAGCAGCAGCAGCUGCAGCAAUACGCAAUGGUGAAUCACCAACAGCAGCAGCAGCAGGCGCAGCAAUAUACAAUGGUGAAUCACAAGCAGCAGCAGCCACAGCAGCAAUAUGCAGCAGUGAAUCGCCAGGAACAACAUGGAGAGUUGAACCAGCAAGACCAGUACACAUCUGUCAGCCGCCACACCCAGCGGCAGCAGCAGGAGCAGCAGACGCAGCAGAUUCAGCAAACAGCACAAGAACAAUAUUCCAGUGUCCAGAGUCGCCCUCACCGGGCCAGUAUGCGCAAAUUGCGUUCACAGAACACUACGGUUGAAGACGAUGGAGAUGCAAGAGAAGAGACAUUCCAGCAGCAGCAAAUACCUCAAUCUCUUUCCACUGUCAGUGUGCACAGCUUCCAGAGUGCUCACUCCUACCUUCCUGAGGAUAUGCCGAGUGUGGGGGAAGGUGACAUGGAAACUGCUGAUAUCGUCGAAGUGAACGCUCAGACUGGAAAGGCCUUUGCAAGCAACGCAUCACCAACAGGAAUCACCAUUGCAGCUCCUGGAGUGGCUUGGAGCGACCAUAGCGACAUUGACCAAGGUGAUGUAACCACAGGUGGCAAGAGUGCUCGUCAAGGCAUGCGUGCAUCGCCAAAAACUGUCGCCAAGAACCAAAUCACGCAGACAUCUGCUGUCACCGAGCUGGGCGAUAAAGAGUAUGAGCCGCUGGCACCAUACCAAAUGGCGGCGGCUGCAUCUGUCGCCCGCAACACAUCUAUGUGUCGUGCAAAGGCAACAAGGAAGAGCAUUGAUAAUGGCCUCGAUGACUAAGAUGCACUCUUUGCAUGUUAGUUGCCAAUAGUCUCCCAAUUUCUUCCUCUAAUUGACCCAAUUUGAUGCAUUUUGCAACUUUCUUUCUCUAUUUGCUCCUUUCUAUGCCACGUGUAAACUUGGCACUUUAUUGUUACUUUUUUUGUAGGCUGUAGUAGAUUUCAGUGCUUGUGGACAAUACUAUACGAGAUUCAUAACGAUGUGUGUCAUCAACACACUGUUAGACGUGCUCCUAGCGGCACUGUGCAGUAAUAGCCCUGUAGGAAACACCCACGUACGCACACACACACACGUACACACAACGCACUGUGUAUGUUCUAGCGCCUACGCGUGCAACAGUGUGCCCUAAAGCCGCUCCGCUGUGCUCAAUUUCAGUCCCUCUACACAUACUCCUGUCUGUCUACACAUUAGUAGUAUGACCCUCUGCCAUAAUCUAGCAUGCAUACACCACUGCGCCAUCUCUUUGCUACUUUAGUUUACUCUGUUGCAAGCUGCAUUGUACACUAUUGUACUCUCUGUUCCGGUCUAACACACACACAAUUACAGUACCUAUCGUGCUUUACAGACUGUGACCAGGUAUUCUCGACUAAGUUAUCGGCAGAUUAUUCUCUAUUCUUAGAAUUAUAUCUCUCACUGUUACAUGCCUACGUACACAAGUCUCAUGACUCAAGUCUCAAGAAAAAAA